CAAGCUAGCAGAAUGCAACUGCCACACACCCACAUCACUUUUGUGUCAACCACUUCGCGGGAGUUGUCGCUCCAGGAGCAAUCUGACACCAUACAAUCAACCAUUUAGCACCAUUCAUCGCUUGAUACGUUCCAACUAAAGGGCAACGCCAUGUCUGACAGAAAGUCAGUGAUAAAGAACGCCGACAUGUCGGAGGACAUGCAGCAGGACGCCGUGGAGUGUGCCACACAGGCCCUGGAAAAGUAUAACAUCGAGAAAGACAUUGCAGCUUUCAUUAAAAAGGAGUUUGACAAGAAAUAUAACCCUACGUGGCACUGCAUCGUUGGGAGAAAUUUUGGGAGUUACGUUACUCAUGAGACCAAGCAUUUCAUUUACUUCUACCUGGGUCAGGUAGCCAUCUUGCUGUUUAAGUCCGGCUGAGGGAUGUCUGCAUUUCCCCAAACCCCAACUGACCACACAAUACUGACGGAGCUCA